CCAAGAUGCUGUGUAUACACACAGAGCUGGAGCUAAGGUGGAAAAAACGUCCGCUAUAAAACCGCACUUACAGUUAUCAAUCUAGCGUAGACUGUUUGUGAGAAACAAUGGAGUGUUUACAAAAAGUGAGGCCAGCCCAGGACACUCAGCUGUUGCCUAAUCAGGUGGUGGGUGAGCAGCAGUCUCUCACUGUUAUAAAGAAGCUUCUGGCUAUUGCAGUUUCUGGCAUAACGUACCUGAGGGGGCUGUUUCCAAAGAAAGCCUACGGGACCAAACAUGUUGAAGAUCAGAAAGUGAUGAUUCUAAGAGAGGAGCACAGCUGUCCUGGCGCUACUGAGAUUGUUCAGUGGAUGCAGGGAUGCUUUGAUGCCAUCCAGAAGAAAUAUCUCCGGACCAUGAUUUUGUCAAUCUACACCGAUCCAGAGAACCCCCAGAAAGUGACAGAGUUUUACCAGUUUAGGAUCCAGUACACAACAAACGGAGCACAGAUGGAAUUUGAAAGCAACAACAACAUGGUGUCAACAAUGUCAUACGGUGACACUAAGAGGGCCAGCGUCCUGCUGGUGAGGAAGCUUUACACUCUGAUGCAGAACCUCGGCCCUCUGCCAGAUAACGUCUGUCUCAACAUGAAGCUGGCUUAUUACAAUGAUGUGACUCCACAGGACUACCAACCACCGGGCUUCAAGAACGCUGAUGGCGACACCAUAGAGUUUGGGAGGGAGCCGGUGAAACUGGCCGUGGGUGAGGUGGUCGCCCCUUUCCACGCUCUGAAGUUGGACAUGGCCACCGAGAGACAUAGACUGGAAGAGGUGGAGGAGAGCAUCCAUGAGAUGAAGAGGUGGUUUCUGAAGAUGGAGGAGGGCGUCCUGUCACAGAGUUAUGUAACUGAAGAGAUGGAGGAGCCUGACACCAACUCCCAUAUGGAUGCCAGUGUAACUCCAGACAUCGAGCUGAGCUGCCAUGAGGAGAUCAGAACUACUGUGGAGAUCACAGAGGUGGACACAUUGCUGAAGGACUCCGCCCACAUGGAGGUGGGACAGAAGAGGACCAGGAGUGGACGCAUCAUCACAUCUACUACGGUGGACACACCGCUGAAGGACUCCGCCCACAUGGAGGUGGGACAGAAGAGGUCCAGGAGUGGACGCAUCAUCACGUCUGCUAUGGUGGACAUACCGCUGAAGGACUCCGCCCACAUGGAGGUGGGACAGAGGAGGACCAGGAGUGGACGCAUCAUCACGUCUGCUUGGGUAUCUGAGUAUGAGAUUCCUGACAGUCAGGAAAAACUGUCCACCUCUUCAGCAAAGAAGAAACGCAAGUUCAGUGAACCCAAAGACCACUACUGACACGGUGGAGGGUCCAAGGAAGUCCUCACCUCUGUCCUGUAGGUGGGAUUUUUAUACUCAGUGUUACUACAGAUGAAAACGUGACAUUCACCAAGUUCAAGGACUCAGAGCAGUGUGUGUGUGUGUGUGUGUGUGU